CUUCUUCUCGGUUUCUUUCUUCUGAAUGCCGUAUUGCUAAACUAUAGGCGACAUCCGCACGGUGCUGAGCUAUUAGUGUCAAGGUCUCGACGACGUGAUUCACUUGUAUUAUUCACAAUAAUUAUUAUUGUGAUCCAUACGGCUAAGCAACUGGCAGUUCGUUCUUGUAUUGGUAGAUUUUGCGUAUGCUUUCUCCUCCCUUCUGCCUGAGAUACCCCGGACUGCUAGCUCAUUCCGUUUUACCAGAAUUAUGGAUUCCAAUCAAACGCUUACCAUUGAUGAAUUUAAUCUUUCUAUCGAGAAUAUUAUUAAAAUUUCCAACGAUAUUUUAGAUGGAUGGACUUUACAUGUCAACAAGGAAAAUGACAAUGGAAAAUAUAUAACUAAAAAAUCAACUAUUUCAAUUGAAGAACCUGGAAAAGGAAAUCCCAUCACUCUCACAUACGAGCAUCAUGUUGUAUUUAGUUUGAGUUAUUCUGUUCCAAUGAUAUGUUUCAAUGUAUGGAAAGCGGAUGGAUCAGUACUUUCAAUGGAAGAAUAUUUAAAUAUUAACCAAAACUUUGAUGAUUCCAAUAUGUAUAACACUAUCACUCAACUGGAUCAUCCAGUUUUAUGUAGGCCUUUUUUGACAUUGCAUCCUUGUAAAACGCAAGAAAUAAUUGAGCCGUUUUUAAGCACUAGUAAGAAUCCUGUGAUUUCCUGGCUGACUGUUGUAAGUUCUUAUGUCCAUUUAAAAAUAUUAGAAGAAUAUAUAAAACACUGUUAAUACUAUAUUUCUAUUA